AUGGCAGAGCAGGUGACGGCGGAGCAGCUGCGCCUGAGCUUCGGCGACGACAUGGCGCUCCUGCGCGUGCGCUCGCUGCUGCUGCGCGUGCUGGCGGCGGCGGCGGAGUUGCCGGGCGCGGGCGCGGGGGCGGCUGCGGACGCGAAGGAGGCGGUGCUGAACGGCGGGGACGCGGCGCCCGCGGGGGCGGAGCGGGCGGCGCGGCGGAGCUUGCUGGGCGCGCUGGCCGAGGAACUGCGGCGCGCCUGGAGGCGGGGCGGCGCGCGAGGCCCCGCCCCGCGGCCCUGUGCUCACCGCCGCCGUCGCGCUUCCACCUGCUGCUGGCGGCCGGCACGGCGCAGCCCCUGGUGGAGCCUGGCGGCGGUCCUGGCGACGGCCGUGCGGCCGGGCGCCGACCGCGCCGAGACGGAGCGGCGGGCGGCGGCGGGCGGCGGACGGCGCGGCGGCGGCGACGGGCGCGCGCGGCGGCGCACGCGCGGGCGCAGGCGGAGGCGCGCUGAGCGCGGCAGGCCGCGCGGGCGCUGGCGGAGCGGCGCAAACGCCCUGGCGCACGUGGGCGCGGUGGCGGAGAUGCUGGCGCUGGCGGCACUGCUGCUGGGCGCCGCCCGCGACACGCUGCGCCCGCCCGCUGCGCCGCCACCGCCGCCGCCAGCGCUCGCCGCCAGCGCCGCAAGAAACAGCCGCCCGCCGGGUUCGGCCUCGCGCGGCGGCGGUGGCGCCUCCUCGGACGGCGCGACGGACGGCGGCGCGGGGGCGGAGGGCGAGCCGGGCGCCGGCGAGUGGGCGGUGGACUGCGUGUGCGGGUUGCGGGGGCGCUGCACGCGCCGCCCAGACGCUCGACUCAGCGUGGACCAGUGGGAGACGGCGGCGGCGAUGGACGCGUGGCGGCGGGCCGGCGGCGACGCGCCUGGCGGCGCUGGUGCUGGAGCCGGGGGCGGACGCCGGUGCGGGCGCGGCGCCGCCCCCGCUGCUGCCGCCGGCCACCGUCGUGCUGCGCGCGGUCUGCGUUGCGGGAGGCGCAGUACCUGGCGCAGCUGCGCCGCGUGUAGCGGCCGGCGCGGGCCGGAGCCCAGCCUUACGUGUGGAUGCCGCAGGGGCGAGGAGGGGGCGUCUCUGGAGGGGGAAGUCGGUGAAAGAAGGGUUUGGCGCUCGUGUAACCGCAGACCAAAAAUACGGGAGGCUGUAACUCCCCUCGGUUUAAGCGGAAGCGAGGCAGCCAAAACCCUAAGAACACUGUGGUGGUGGACGUUAACCAACCUUGCGAGUCUCGCGUCAGCCGGCGAGCCUACCUUGGAAGCAGUGGUUGGGGGUGUCAGCCUCAAACUAUUUAACGGCGGCGCCAUCUGCGCCCGCGUUCUCAUUCAGUUUCUGCCAUGGGAAGCUUGUACGCGUGUACAAGGGGUGUAUGGAGUCAGUAAGGGCCCAGACAAUCUCACGUGCUGUGGCAACGGUUCGCACGACGGGUUAAAUUUUGGCGUAGGCCCAUGUGACGGUAAUUGUCACGGGCCGAGGUCCGAAUAG